UUUAGACAACAAUUUGUAGGAGCAAGUUAUCAGUUGAGGCUCUGAAGGGGGAGUUCAUAAACAUAUGAUUCAUCUUUUGUGAAGGGCUGUAGUUACAAAGAGGGCCUCUUGUGCAACCAGCAAGUGAUGACACUGCUUCCAGUGUCAGACAUCUUUAUUCUUCCCUAGGUGGCUAACAGAAAUGCUGUCUUUCUGUGUAAAACAGGCAACACGUCUCAAGGACACUGGCUUUAAAUGAUGGUAAAAGACCCAAUACAACUGCGACAGUAGGGAUGUCAGUCUCCAGCACUGCUGCAAUCUCCAUUUAAAUUCAAAAUGGAGACUUUGUGUGGCUAUAACACUUCUCUAGAGAAUACAAAAGAGCUGCUUGUGUCUUGAGACCCACUUCUGACCGAUAACUGAAAUAAAGCAAUGGUGGUUCUUCAGCAUGGGUUGUCCACAUGGAUUCCACAACCAUUUUUGCGGCUGCUAAGGAGUGCUACACUUCUUCAAUCCUGUAUUGGCAAAGGAACUGAGGGGUGUUGGGCACAUGUCACUCUUUAUGCCCUCAGUGUGGGAUAAGGGCAUCUAAGGCCCAGGAGUUGCCCCAGUGGCUACUACUGGCCAAAAGAACCUGAUCUUGCAUGUAUGGGGUGCAUGUGCCUCAAGAGAAGGAGCCAUAUGGACAAAACCUCUCGAACCACAGUUACUGUAAGGGUUUUCUUCUUGUUUUUUCAAAUGAAGGACAGGGUUUGUCCACCACCCCUCCAAUGCGGGCAGUUUACCUUGGGCCAGACAGUGGCAUUUCAAAGCAGUUGGACACACCAUCAGUUUCACAGGUUGAGAUUUGCAAACCUGCUUUUUAACCUGCGGAUCCAAAGUCUGGGAGAGAACUUGUCACCAACAUGAAAACAAUUAUUGCAGCCUAUUCCCAAAAUCGUAGUGGGAGCCGUGCCAGCGUUCAGGCCGCCCUGCAUACUCUGCUCACCGUGCCCUGGCCCUCGCAGCGGGAGUUCCGAGCAUGCAUCCAGCUCCUCUCAGUUCUGCAGUGGGUCCUCAGCUUCUUGCUGAUGGGAAUCGUCGCCCUGUUUCUCCUCGUCUAUUUGGUUUUCACCAGUUUCUGGCCAGUUUCUGCUCUAUACUUUGCCUGGGUAAUCUUUGACUGGGACGCACCGGAGCAAGGUGGGAGGAGGUCGGCAUGGGUUCGAAACUGGCCUGUCUGGAAGCAUUUCCGAGAUUAUUUCCCUAUUCAGUUAGUGAAGACUCACAGCCUCCUCCCCAGUCACAAUUAUAUCAUUGGCGCACACCCCCAUGGGAUCCUCUGCGUUGGGGCCUUCUGCAACUUCAUCACCGAGUCCACUGGCUUCUCUGAGAAGUUCCCCGGCAUCAGACCCUUCCUGGCCACGCUGGCUGGCAACUUCCGGCUGCCGGUCUUCCGGGAGUACCUGAUGAGUGGGGGCCUGUGUCCUGUGACACGCCGGGCAAUAGGGUACCUGCUCUCUCAGAAUGGCAGUGGGAACGCUGUGGCCAUCGUGAUUGGAGGUGCGGCCGAGUCGCUGUCUUGCCAGCCAGGAGUCACCACAUUAAUCCUCAAAAACCGCAAAGGCUUUGUUCGGAUGGCACUGCAGCAUGGGGCACACCUGGUUCCUGCCUUCUCCUUCGGUGAGAAUGACCUCUUCCGGCAAGUGGUUUUUGAAGAGGACAGCUGGAUGAGGGGCAUUCAGAAGAGGUUCCAGAAGCUGGUGGGCUUUGCUCCCUGCGUCUUCUAUGGACGGGGUUUAACCUCUAUCCAUUCCCGAGGCUUCCUGCCCUACCCGAAGCCUAUCACCACUGUCAUAGGAGAACCUGUGACGGUGCCCAGGAUCCAGGAGCCUAGCCACGAGACGGUGGAUCUGUACCAUGCUAUGUACAUCCGCUCCCUGCUCAAGCUCUUCAAUGACCACAAAGCCAAGUAUGGCCUGUCGGAGGCGGACGAGCUGAGGAUCUUGUGACUGAGGUCGGAGAGAAGCCAGGGGACUUUGGGCAGCCAAGCCCUAACUCGCAAGGGCUGUCUGCUCUUGGAGGUUGGAAUGGCAGCUUACCUGGCAGGAUGGGGGCUCUCAGGGACAUACUGUUCACCCCAGCUACUGCUUGCUCUCUCCCCCAGUGCCUUACUCACUUGUCCCCUUGGUGCUGCCCCAGUCUCUGCUUCUGUUUGUUCCCUCCAGAAGAUGAAUGAAGGAAGGAGGGAUCUCCCUGCUUGUCAUAUCCCCGCGUUUCCUGUGUGCUUUCUGCUCGCUCCCAUGGGCAAUGCAGUGAGUUGGCUUCCUCAACUCCCAAAGCCCCCUCAGGGAAGGGAGGAGCACAGGAAGGACAGGUGCUGGGGCUUGGAAGGGAUGGGGAGUGUGCAUGUGAGUAGAGGGACAUGGGGGAAUGUGUGUGGGGACAUUUCUCCUCUGCCCGGACCCCGCUCUCCUGGAGGGAGAUGAAUAGUAGCUUUGUGCUGCUGCUAAUGGAACAGAGAAAUGCAACCCUGCAGGCUAAACUCUGCCCAGGGCUCCAGGUCUGGCUGAGAAGGAGGGAGGGUGAGAUGGAUAGAAUGGGGGAAAAGAGGGGAGGGAGGAGAAAAAUGGAGGGAAAACCCUUGACUGUAGCGAGUGUGAAAAGCAGUGUUACCAGAGGGGCCUGCAAUGCCAUGCAGGGUGUGUUGUGAGGGGCAGGGCCCUGAGACUGAGGGUCUCUGAGGAGCUGGCUGCUGACUCAACUCCUUGCCUAAGGAAAGCUGGGCAGCUAUAACUCCUUGUGGCCUUGUCUGUCCCUGGUGCCCAUGUAGAAUGGAGCCUCCUGGGAGGGUUUGUCCUUCCAUCUCUGUUUUGCUGGCUAAACGUGUCGCUCAGAAGCGGGCAUGUCAGGCUGUUUACCCCCAAGGGGACAUGUCAUCCCUGCACCGGGUUGGGGAGUUCUCCCUGUGGUGGUUAGCACAGGCAGCUUUGCCUCAGCCUUAGAAUCAGGGCAGGUUCAUGGCUUCCCUUCCCACAGUGAGGAAGGAUGGACAGUCAGGGAGUUCAUGGGAAGCUUGGUGAGACUCUGGCCAGGACAUAGCCAGGAUGCACAAGAUUUUUCCCUUUGCAUCUCCCCUUCCCAACACAUCUUGUUCUCUGCCUGAGCUGUGGCCAUCCCUGUGUUUUCCCCAUGGCCCCCGUAUGUGCCAUCCACCACUUUCUUCACUUGUGGGUCCCAGCCUCACAAUUUCUUGUCCCUGUCUGUGUGAAUUGGCAGCAGGAAAGGCCAGUGCACCUGGAGCUGCCUGUGGAGAGACACCAGGUCCCAGAACAGCAAUAGCAGAGUCUCUGGGGAGACCGCACAUGGGAGAUUGCAGUGAUUUCUGGGCACCACGUGACCAGAAAGAGAUUGAUCCUAGGAAGGGGAUCAGAAUAGAGCAAGAAAAACUCCCAGGAGCCUGGAGGGAAAGCCUAGCGUGCAAGUCUGCAAACCUCUGACAAGUGUGUCCCCUUUGGGAGGGCAAGAAAUUAGUUACGAGUAAAGGCAGAUGUAACUAGGAGGUUUGGAGGCAAUUGAUGAUGAGAAAAUACAGACUGUCUCUCAGGGAUAGUGAGAUUACUGAGCUUGGGUGUUGUCUCCCAAGGGAAGGGGUGUGAGCCCCAGGACAUGGGGCAUUUCAGGCUGGGUCUGACAAAACAGUAGGACUGGACUGUGCUGUAGGGGCCAAUCCUGCUUUGGCUCCAGGGCUGGAUGGGAUAAUCCAAUGGGGCUUGUCCAUCACUCACCUCAAUGAUUCUUUGUUGAAUACAUUUUUAUAAAUCUCAUACUGACAUGGCCCACGUUGUGUGAGAAGGCGGCAGUUCUGGAGGUGGGGAAGCACCAUGUGGUAGUCCAUACACCUACAUACAUGCCAAGAACAUAACCAUGCAUGUGCCUGGACAUCCCCCUCCAUACCCAGACAUGCACACAAACACACACUGCUCCUUACACACGUGAUACAUACACCCCUCCAUGCACGAGCUCAGAGCACACACUCCUAAGGACUUUCAAACACACUUCAUUGUUCUUUGGAGAAGGGAGGCUGCUGCAUGUUGUUCCAAGGAUUCAGUAGGAUUCAGCCCAAAGGGGUGCACUAGCCCUUCCCUGCUGAAGACAGCUCUCUUGAGCAGUGAGCCUGGCUCCCCCUGCAGGCCCUUCCUGUGCUGGUUGAGGGGGCAGCUAGCCUGCUGCUCCCACUGUACAAAUGACAAUGGGUCUAUCACAAGCUCCUCUGCAUGGAGUAUAGGGUGACCAGAUAGUAAGUGUGAAAAAUCGGGGUGGGGGGUAAUUGGCACCUAUAUAAGAAAAAGCCCCAAAUAUCAGGACUGUCCCUAUAAAAUUGGGACAUCUGGUCACUCUAAUGGAGUAGCUUAAUGGGAUGGCAGGGUUGCUCCUGUGGUCACAGAUUCUAUUGCUGGGCUCCCUUCCAAUUGCCUGGGGCCCUAUAAUUCUGCUCUGAGCUACUUCAGUGGCUCUCAGCUGUGCUCUCCUGCUGUGCUGCCAUGCCUGGAGGCCCAGAAUGGGGGGCUGUGGCACCUUAUGGGAGCACUGAGUAGAGGGUCCUGCCCUAGCUCUAGACUCUGUGUGGUGAGAAGAUUCGAAUGGUGCCAGGGGAAUAUAACUGGGUAGCUCCCCAGGCAGGAGCUUCUGCACCCAGCCCCUGGUGCUUAGCUCAGGUCCCAGGGGUUAGUGUUUUGUUUCUCAAGCCGAGUGAGUAAUGUCAGGCAGCUGGUACCAGCGUAGGGAAAUCCCAGCAUUAAAGCUGGGAUUAACCUCCCUGAGGAGCUCAACUCCAUAAAACAAAAGCUGCUCUGCUACUGCCAUCACUUGUGAGCAAAGCCUCAGCCUGAUGCCUGCUGGAGCAGCUGCUGAGGACCUCUAAGUGGGGAAUGUCUGAAGCCACCCGCACUGCAGUAUCAGAGGCAAAGUAGUGCAUGGAUUAGCCCCGCUCAUGGUACAUGCUGGUACUAAACCCUGGAGGAUGCAGAUCAGGGGCACAGCACAGGCGGGCACUGCUUUCCACGAAGUCUGUGAGGAAACAGGGCUGAAACAAUGGUAAUAAUUUCCUCCAUUUCCAAAGCUCCUAAAGCAAUUUGCAUGUCCACAGCCCCACUGAAAUUCAGCACCUCUGAGGUGGAGACAUCAGCACCUGGUGCAGAGCACCCUGCACAGGAGUGAGAGAACCAGGCCAAGAAUAAACAGCUAGGAAACUUGUUUCUGGCCUUAGAGAGUAUUCAGGGGUAGAGGGCAGCUUCUGCACCUGACCCC